CUUCCUUCUUCCCUGUUUCUUUAAGCAAUUUUCACAUACUCCCCUAUCUCUAUUUCUAUAUCUAUAAAAAGAUCCUUCAAUUUUUAAUUUGAAAAAUUUAAUUUACAAGAAAAGGGUCUUUUUCUCUCAUCCCCAACAACUACUUUGUCUAAUGACAUUUCAACUAUCUCUUUAACUCUCUCUAACCAUUUAAGUAAAUAAUUUCCUUUCAUUUUUCAUUUCUUGUUCUUGGAUUUGAAUUUUGAAGUACACCCAUUAUUAAAAAUGGGAACUUGGAAUUGGGUUUUUGUUUUGGCGCUUAUAUCUGCUGAUUUUAUGUUGAAUCUUGAUGCUUUUGAGCUUCGUAAAGGUCAAAAAACUGAAAGAAUUUCAGGUAGCGCUGGUGAUGUGUUGGAAGAUGAUCCAGUUGGAAGGCUGAAAGUUUUUGUUUAUGAGCUACCGAGUAAAUACAACAAGAAAAUUUUACAAAAGGACCCUCGAUGUCUCAACCAUAUGUUUGCUGCUGAAAUCUAUAUGCAUAGAUUCCUCUUAUCAAGUCCUGUUAGAACUCUGAAUCCUGAGGAAGCAGAUUGGUUUUAUACCCCGGUUUACACCACCUGUGACCUAACACCAAAUGGCCUGCCGUUACCUUUCAAAUCACCACGUAUGAUGAGAAGUGCAAUUCAACUUAUUUCUUCUAAUUGGCCUUACUGGAAUAGGACUGAAGGCGCUGAUCACUUCUUCAUUGUACCACAUGAUUUUGGUGCUUGUUUUCAUUAUCAAGAAGAAAAGGCUAUUGAGAGAGGGAUUCUUCCACUUCUUCAACGAGCUACUUUGGUUCAAACUUUUGGGCAACGAAAUCAUGUUUGCUUAAAAGAUGGUUCAAUCACGGUGCCACCAUAUGCCCCUCCUCAAAAGAUGCAAUCUCAUUUGAUCCCUCCAAGCAUUCCUCGAUCCAUCUUUGUCUACUUCAGAGGCUUGUUUUAUGAUGUUGGAAACGAUCCUGAAGGUGGUUAUUAUGCAAGAGGAGCAAGAGCAGCUGUGUGGGAAAACUUCAAAGAUAACCCUCUCUUUGACAUCUCAACCGAACAUCCAACAACAUACUAUGAAGACAUGCAGAGAGCUGUUUUUUGCUUAUGUCCACUUGGAUGGGCCCCAUGGAGUCCACGACUUGUUGAAGCAGUGAUAUUUGGUUGCAUCCCAGUUAUCAUAGCAGAUGACAUUGUCUUGCCUUUUGCUGAUGCAAUUCCAUGGGAAGACAUUGGAGUUUAUGUGGAUGAAAAAGAUGUUCCUAAUUUAGACACCAUCUUGACAUCAAUUCCAACAGAAGUUAUAUUGAGAAAGCAGAGAUUACUUGCUAAUCCUUCGAUGAAACAAGCCAUGUUAUUCCCGCAUCCUGCACAACCAGGUGAUGCUUUCCAUCAAAUCUUGAACGGUCUUGCCCGUAAGCUGCCUCAUGAUAAGAGUGUUUAUUUGAGGAAAGGCGAGAAGGUCUUAAAUUGGACUGCAGGUCCUCUAGCUGAUCUGAAACCAUGGUAGCUCAUAGUAUGUUUUAGUUGACUUGUGAGAAUGUUUAUUAUGAGCGAAAGCAUGGAUUGAACUCUUGAAAUUUAUAGGCAUGUGUACUAGUGGUCCUUCUUAGCAGUGCGGGGAUUUUGGGGUAUAUUUUGUUUGAUUGUAUAAUGUAGUUGAUUUUGAGCGAUAUGAUCAAAUAUUAUGGACUCUUCCUUCUUUUCUUAUUCUUUCAUAGUUGACAUAAUGUAUUUCUUUUGAUGAUCA